AUGGCACCCUCAGCUACCGGAGGCAAGAAGCAGAAGAAGAAGUGGUCGAAGGGAAAGGUCAAGGACAAGGCCAACCACGCUGUCGUCCUCGAUAAGUCCAUCUCAGACAAGCUCCAGAAGGAUGUCCAGUCCUACCGCCUCAUCACCGUAGCCACCCUCGUCGACAGACUCAAGAUCAACGGAUCGCUGGCCCGAAGGGCGCUCGUAGAUCUCGAGGAGAAGGGAUUGAUCAAGAAGGUCGUUGGGCACAGCAAGUUGAGCAUAUACAGUGAGGAGCCCUUGGAAAUGCCAGUUGGUCGCGAAACAUCAAUCAUCUGCUAA